AACUUCCUCAGUAGUAGGACAAAAGUAGCCGGCAAGCCGCAUCCAUCUUCGCCACAGAGGUUUGACUGCAGUUAGAAGAAGCGUAGAAAGUUUUCCAGCUGGAGGAGUGAAGCUCCUGACCCGUCAGAGGAGCGAACUGAUCUGAGAUCAGACCCUGACAGCAGCAGACUUACCGCAGACACGUUGGGAAGGCGAGUCCAGACUUCACACAUUACUCCUGGUUUUCAGAAAACUACAAUGGCUGACCGAUUCGACUGCGAUAACUGCAAAGAAUCCCUGUACGGCCGCAAGUACAUCCAAUCUGAUGACAACCCAUACUGCAUCCCCUGUUACGACAGUCUGUUUUCAAACACCUGUGAUGAAUGCAAAGAGCUAAUUGGCCAUGAUGCAAGGGAGCUCUUCUACGAGGACAGACAUUAUCACGAGCAUUGUUUCCGUUGUUUCCGCUGUGACCGCUCGCUGGCAGAUGAGCCCUUCACCAGCCAGGAUGAUGCGCUGCUCUGCAACGACUGCUACUGUAAUGAGUUCUCCUCCAAAUGUGUCGCCUGUGACAAGAUCGUCAUGCCAGGUGAAGGUACAAGAAAAUUGGAGUAUGCUGGCUCCACAUGGCACGAGGGCUGCUUCAUUUGUCACAGCUGCGAACAGCCGAUUGGCUCCAAGUCCUUCAUUCCUGACAAGGACGACCACUACUGUGUGCCCUGCUAUGAGGAAAAGUUCGCUCCCCGCUGCACGCGCUGUAAAAAGGCCCUGGCUAAAGGUGGUGUGACCUAUCGGGAUGAGCCGUGGCAUAAGGAGUGUUUUGUGUGCACAAACUGUAAGACGCAGCUGGCGGGUCAACACUUCACCUCCAGAGAUGACAGCCCCUACUGCCUGAAGUGCUUUGGCAGCUUGUAUGCCAAGAAGUGUGAGGCUUGCAGCAAACCAAUUACAGGAUUUGGAGGAGGGAAGUACAUCUCAUUUGAAGAUCGUCAGUGGCAUCAGCCGUGCUUCACCUGCUCCCAGUGCUCCAUCUCACUCGUGGGCGCUGGCUUUUUCCCUGAUGGCGACAAGAUCCUGUGCCGUGACUGCAACAGCAACCUAUAAAGCACUUACUUGACCUGAUCUCACCAUUCCUUUUGUUCUUCAGCAGCUUUUUUAAACAACCCAGAUGUACCAUGGAGGGUAGCAGG